AUGACGUCUGACAUCUGGACACCCUUCCGCUGGGCGCGACGACUCGUAUUCGGUACCCUCUCGUUCUUAUGUCUACUAUGGGCCAGCCUCUUUGCUACUCUUGCCGCGAAAGGAUGGCAAGGGUGGACAUCAACCGAGCGUGGUAUCAUUCUGAGCAACGUAUUAGCGUAUACCCUCGGUUUUGUGCUCUUUUACCUGAUGGCUGUAGUAGUUUUCCGCCUAUGGUGGGAUUUCUUCAGGGCUGGGCUUCUUUUGACUCUUCUGAGCGGCGCAUCUGCUGCGUUCACGGCUUUCGAACCCGGCCUUCCUUGCAUCGUCGGAUCUCCGUUGUCGUGCAAGAAAAUAUACUUGAUCACGUUGUCAGGAAGUUGGUUCAUCGCCGGGCUACUUGUAUGCUAUUGUAUUGCACUGGCCGGCGUUACUACGUUUGCGGGACCUUUCCGCUCGUUCCCGGGCCUGGAUGAAGAAAAUCAACAUCCAGUAUCUGCUGGCCAUGCUUUCAGGAUCUCAAAACCGACGCCAUUGGACCCAGAUGACCAGGCUCAACCCGCAAUCUCGCCACGCACUCAGCAACAUUAUCGUCGUAUGGGUCUGAAGUUGCCAUCCAUCCCAUCCCGAACUCAUUCGGCCGCACUCUCUUGGUACAACCUCGAGGAGCAAGCAAUAUUCGAUUCUUCGCUACGAGAGCCUGCAUCAGUCCUAUCUUUGGCGCGCACGCGAUCCCGCCCAGCUACAAUAAUGAGUCAUAGAGUGCCGUCACCACUGGCAUUUCCUCCGCCUUCGUACCCGUACUACACACGCACGCACGCACAUUCGGCUAGCUCACUGUCCUAUGCGUCUUCCGCCCACUCGAUCAGCACGGAAGAUGGACGGCCCGCUAUAGAAAGAGGGGCAUGGGCUCAAGUUCCCCAUGCGCUCUCUCGCACAUCUCACCAUCCAUCGAGCUCACCACACGCACCAUCUUCUCUGAAGCGCAAGCCUCCGCCAUCCCUUAACACCAUCUCAGCAGGAGCGAGGCUGGACAGAGGUGUACAGCCUCCGCCUUUGAAUGCCGCUGCCUGGAUGCCCGUGCACAUCGUCGGGUCUGGGCCGUCUGUGCACUCCGUUGUUCCAUCCGUAUCAUCCAGGAGAGACGAAGCUUCAACGCAUACCCGUAGACGGAGACAUCCCCCCUCGCUGACGCCCGGCUUUACUCGCGAUGAUUGGUUAUCACGACAACCUCGGAUAGAACGCUGUGAUACAGCUGAUCCGCAUAACCGGCACGCUUCCCUGCGCUACGCUCCUCGUGAUGUAGGAGCACGUUUUUGA